AUGGGUCAAAACAUUCAUGCUCCACGUGUUUUCAUUUCCUCUAACGAAAAGCAAGGAGACGAAUAUGUAAUUAGUGGAAACCUUUCGAAUAACAGUUCAACACCAACUAAUCUCCACAGUCAUAAUGUAUUUGAUGAUGCACAUUCUAAUGGAUUAUCUCCACCUCAUCCUUCUGGUCAAGCUCCUUUAAUUAUUGUUGGAGGUUCUUCAAGUGGCAGUAGUAGUGGAGGUGAUGAAAUAGUUUCGUCUCCUUUCCAUUCACCUCGUUCUCCAAAAUUUGUUAGAAAUCAUGACGAUGUAAUAUUUGACAAUCUUUCUGAUUCUUCCUAUUCUACUUCUCCACAAAAUUCACCGAAACUAACCUCAAGAACCAAGAGAAUGAGCUCUGGUCCAAACUACUCACCAAAACUUGAAAAUUUUAGAAAGACUCAACAGCAACAAACUAAACAACCAACUGUUUGGUUUUCUUCUGUUUCUAAUGAAUCUGAUUGGAUGGACCAUUCGAAUAGAUUUGCUCAUACCAAAAAGCAAAAAAUGGUUCUCAUGUUAAGUUAUGGAGUAAAUACUCAUUCUGAAGAUUUAUUUCAAUAUUGGUUUCAGAGAUUUUUACCAAAAAGUGAAGAAACACAAACCAAAAGCAAGAUUAUGCAAUUGUGUGCUUUAUAUUUGAGAAGAUUGUGUUUUGCAUAUGUAAAUAGAAGUUGUUCAUCUCAAUUAAUUCAAGAAUGUUCUACAUCAACUUGUUCUAAUGAAGGUGUUGAUCAGAUGGUGGACUAUUCGAAAACAUUGAAAAGGUUUGAUUCAUGGUCAUUAUCACCACUCACUAGAGAAGAAACAUUUUCACAUGAUGAUUUCAUCAAUGAACUCAUUGACAUGUUAGUUAACAAUGAUGAAUCAUUUAUUUUACAAUCACUUGGUCAUUGGAAUGCAAAUAUUCUCACAAAUAUGGAAUUGUUAUGGAAGAGUGAGGCUAUUCAACGUGCAGCCUCUAAAUUAGUUGAACAGCAGGUUUACAUGGAUGAGAAAGUUUAUGCAGAGUACUUUUUAAAUUCCAUUCCUCACUUAUUAGAUUCUAGUUACAAUUUAACAGUUUCAGAUUUAUCGAAUGCACAGAGACGUAAAUUCAAAAUUAAUGAAAUUAAGAUUGUCGAUCAGGGAAAUUAUGAUUGUCUCUAUUCAGUAUUGGAUAUUUCAAGUAUGGGAGGAGAAAAGACGAAGUGGUUGAGAUCAUUCAAUAACGUUGAUGGAUUUUUAAUGAUUUUUUCACUAGAUGAGAUAGCUCAAGACAAAUCAGUCCUUCAGAAAUCUUUGCAUUCCUUCAGAGAAAUGACUAGUUACUUCUUUGGAAAUAAUCAGCAACAAAAUGGAUGUAAAACUCAAAUCUAUGUAUGCUUUUCCAAUGUUGCUGAAUUCUGCAAAUUGGUCAAAUCAGAAGAAUUACCACUUCAACAUUCACUCAAAGGAGAUGUCAAGAAUCCUUCCAUAGUUUUCAAAUAUAUAGUUUCCCAAUUCAUGGCCAGUAAUGGCAGUUGUUCCAAUAAUUUAACAGAGAGAAAUCCAACAAGUUCUCAAAACAUUUCCUUCUAUGCCAUUGAUAGUUUCUCAGACUAUUAUUCAAUGUACGAAUUUACGAGUUAUUUACUUGAGGGAAGAAAUUAUUUCAGUGAACUGAUAACAGGUGCUAAGGAGAAGAGAGAAGUAUCGAGGAGAGGUGAAUUGUUUUCCAUGUGCAAAUUGAGUCAUGAUGAUAAAUUGAAAAGGAAAUUGAUAGAUAUUUCAUUUAACUUUGAGUAA